AUGCUGCACAUCCUGUCCUCAGACUUCUUCGACUUUGAGUUUCUGCGUAUCCUCGGCACUGCGCCCUUCCACGGCAGCGAUGUGGGCGAGUGCUUGGAAGCCGGCGAGCACAUCCGCAACAACGACCCCGAAAGCUGGUACAAAGCCUGGACGGGCGCCGCCGAGAAGGCCGAGGCCCAAGCCGUCGAGGCGCGACGGACGGGCGACGUCGAGGCGGCGCGAUGGGCUUUCUUGCGCGCUUCCAACUACCGCCGCUCCAGCGAGUUCCUGCUGCACCACUUACCCCACGACCCGCGCCUCUUGCGUUCCGUCGAGCAGGCCACCGCCAACUUCAAGCAAGCCUGUCGCCUGUUUGACAGUCCCGUCAUAGAGCUCGAGAUCCCAUACGGCCAUGGCACCAUGCUGCCCGCUUACCUGUACCUUCCUACUUCCUUUACCGGCGAUAGGGCUCCAGUUAUCGUCAACACCGGCGGCUUCGACUCGAUCCAGGAAGAGCUCUACUAUUAUACUGCUUCGGGUGCGCGUACUCGCGGCUACGCCACCUUGUCGUUCGAGGGACCCGGCCAAGGCUUGAUGCUGCGGCGCAACAAGCUGUCGUUGCGGCCAGAUUGGGAAGUCGUCAUCGCCGCCGUUCUCGAUGAGCUGUUCCAUGCAGCACAAGCACAUCCGCAGUGGCGUCUCGACCUAGCGCGUAUAGCCGUGCUCGGUGCAUCCAUGGGUGGCUACUUCGCCCUACGUGGCGCCACGGACUCUCGUGUCAAAGCCUGCGUCGCCAUCGACGGCUUUUAUGAUCUAGGUGCUGCCGUGCGCGAGCGUAUCCCGUCGCCGGUUUUGACUGCGAUGGAACGCGGUUAUGUGCCCGAUGCUGUCUUCAACGGCCUCUUUUCCAUCAUGGCAAGUCUUAAUUUCCAGACCCGCUGGGAGUUCGGCCACGCCAUGCUCGCAUUUGGCGUCGAUUCGCCCGCUGCCGUGUUGCGUGAGUUCAACCGCUACACGCUGCGGCCGGCCGGCGACGCCGAAACCAUUGUCAGUCGCAUCCGCUGCCCCGUCCUGGUCACCGGCUCGCGCGAGACUCUCUACUUCCGGCCUGAGACUAGCGCGUGUCGCAUCUAUGACGGUCUGACGCAGUUGAAGGAAGGCGACGAGAAGUCGCUGUGGAUUCCGACUGGCGUCGGCCAAGGCUCUCUGCAGGCCAAGGUUGCCGCAACCGCGCACCUUCACUUCAAGGCUUUUGCAUGGCUGGAUCAGGUGUUUGGCAUCGAGAGGAACGACGUGGACAACUGA